AUGAAAAAGAUACAUGAACAGAAUCAGGCACUGAAAGUCAACACAUCAAAUUUUCCUAAAUUAGAAGUAAUUACACAGGCACUCACGCCAAACAAAACAACACAGGCUCCUCCAACAAAAGCAAUAACACAGGCUUCUACACCAAAACUAUCAACACAGGCUUCUACACCAAAAGUAUCAACACAGGCUUCUACACCAAAAGUAUCAACACAGGCUUCUACACCAAAAGUAUCAACACAAGCUUUUACACCAAAAGUAUCAACACAGGCUUUUAUUCAAAAAGUAUCUACACAGACUUCUACACCAAAAGUAUCAACACACUCUUCUACACCAAAAGUAUCAACACAGGCUCUUCAACCAAAAGUAUCGACACAGACUUCAACACCAAACGUAUCAACACAGGCUUCUACACCAAAAGUAUCAACACGGGCUUCUACAUCAAAAGUAUUUACACAGGCUUCUACACCAAAAGUAUCAACACAGGCUUCUACGCCAAGAGUAUCAACAAAGGCUGCUGAACCAAAAGUAUCUACACAGGCUUCUACACCAAAAGUAUCAACACAGGCUUAUACACCAAAAGUAUCAACACAAGCUUUUACACCAAAAGUAUCAACACAGGCUUUUAUUCAAAAAGUAUCUACACAGACUUCUACACCAAAAGUAUCUAUACAGGCUCCUAAACCAAAAGUAUCUACACAGACUUCUACACCAAAAGUAUCAACACACUCUUCUACACCAAAAGUAUCAACACAGGCUCUUCAACCAAAAGUAUCGACACAGACUUCUACAUCAAAAGUAUUUACACAGGCUUCUACACCAAAAGUAUCAACACAGGCUUCUACGCCAAAAGUAUCAACAAAGGCUUCUGAACCAAAAUUAUCUACACAGGCUUCUACACCAAAAGUAUCAACACAGGCUUCUACACCAAAAGUAUCAACACAAGCUUUUACACCAAAAGUAUCAAAACAGGCUUCUACACCAAAAGCAUCUACACAGGCUCCUAAACCAAAAGCUUCUACACCAAAAGUAUCGACACAGGCUUCUACACCAAAAGUAUCAACACAUGCUUCUACACCAAAAGAAUCAACACAGGCUCCUAAAAUAAAAGUAUCUACACAGGCUUCUACACCAAAAGUAUCAACACAGGCUUCUACACCAAAGGUAUCAACACAGGUUUCUUCACCUAAAGUAUCAACACAGGUUUCUACACCAAAAAUAUCAACACAGGCUUCUACCCCAAAAGUAUCUACACAAGCUUCUACACCAAAAGUAUCAGCACAGGCUCCUAAACCAAAAGUAUCUACACAGGCUUCUACACCAAAAGUAACAACACAGGCUUCUACACCAAAAGUAUCAACACAGGCUUCUACAUCAAAAGUAAUAACACAAGCUUCUACACCAGAAGUACCAACACAGUGUACUCCACCAAAAGUAAUAACACAGGCUUCUACACCAAAAGUAUCAACACAGGCUUCUACACCAAAAGUAUCAACACAGGCUCGUAAACCAAAAGUAUCUACACAGGCUUCUACACUAAAAGUAUCAACACAAGCUUCUACACCAAAAGUAUCAACACAGGCUCCUAAACCAAAAGUAUCUACACAAGCUUCUACACCAAAAGUAUCAACACAGGCUUCUACACCAAAAGUAUCAACACAGGCUCCUAAACCAAAAGUAUCUACACAGGCUUCUACACCAAAAGUAUCAACACAGGCUUCUACACCAAAAGUAUCAACACAGGCUUCUACACCAAAAGUAUCAACACAGGCUCCUAAACCAAAAGUAUCUAAACUGGCUUCUACACCAAAAGUAUCAACACAGGCUUCUACACCAAAAGUAUCUACACAGGCUUCUACACCAAAAGUAUCUACACAGGCUUCUACACCAAAAGUAUCUACCCAGGCUUCUACAUCAAAAGUAUCAACACAGGCUCCUAAACCAAAAGUAUCUACACAGGCUUCUACACCAAAAGUAUCAACACAGGCUUCUACACCAAAAGUAUCAACACAGGCUCCUAAACCAAAAGUAUCUACACAGGCUUCUACAACAAAAGUAUCAACACAGGCUUCUACACCAAAAGUAUCAACACAGGCUUCUACACCAAAAGUAUCAACACAGGCUUCUACACCAAAAGUAUCUACACAGGCUUCUACACUAAAAGUAUCAACACAGGCUUCUACACCAAAAGUAUCAACACAGGCUUCUACACCAAAAGUAUCAACACAGGCUUCUACACCAAAAGUAUCAACACAGGCUCCUAAACCAAAAGUAUCUAAACUGGCUUUUACACCAAAAGUAUCAACACAGGCUUCUACACCAAAAGUAUCUACACAGGCUUCUACACCAAAAGUAUAUACACAGGCUUCUACACCAAAAGUAUCAACACAGGCUUCUACACCAAAAGUAUCAACACAGGCUCCUAAACCAAAAGUAUCAACACAGCCUUCUACACCAAAAGUAUCUACACAGGCUUCUACACCAAAAGUAUCAACACGGGCUUCUACACCAAAAGUAUCAAUACAGUCUCCUCCAACAAAAGUAUCUACAAGGGUUUUUACACCAAAAGUAUCAACACAGGCUUCUACACGAAAAGUAUCUACACAGGCUUCUACACUAAAAGUAUCAACACAGGCUUCAACACCGGAAGUAUCAACACAGGCUUCUAUAUCAAAAGUAUCUACACAGGCUUCUACAUCAAAAGUAUCAACACAGGCUUUUACACCAAAACUAUCUACACAGGCUUCUAUACCAAAAGUAUCAACACAGGCUUCCACACCAAAAGUAUCAACACAGUCUCCUCCACCAAAAGUAUCAACACAUGUUUCUAUACCAAAAGUAUCAACACAGGCUCCUAAACCAAAAGUAUCAACACAGGCCCUUCAACCAAAAGUAUCUACACAUGUACAGGUUUCAACACUAAAAGUAUCUACACAGGCUUCUACACCAAAAGUAUCAACACAGGCUUCUACACCAAAAGUAUCAACACAGGCUUCUACACCAAAAGUAUCAACACAGGCUUCUAAACCAAAAGUAUCAAAACAAGCUUCUACACCAAAAGUAUUAACACAGGAUUCUACACCGAAAGUAUCAACACAGGCUUCUACAACAAAAGUAUCAACACAGGUUUCUACACCAAAAGUAUCAACACAGGCUUCUACACCAAACGCAUCAACACAGGUUUCUACACCAAAAGUAUCAACACAGGCUUCGACACCAAAAGUAUCAACACAGUCUCCUCCACCAAAAGUAAUAACACAGGCUUCUUCAAUAAAAAUAUCAACACAGGCUUCUACACCAAAAGUAUCAACACAGGCUUCUACACCAAAAGUAUCAACACAGGCUCCUAAACCAAAAGUAUCAACACAGGCUUCUACACCAAAAGUAUCUACACAGGCUUUUACACCGAAAGUAUCAACACAGGCUUCUACACCAAAAGUAUCAACACAGGCUUCUACACCAAACGUAUCAACACAGGUUUCUACACCAAAAGUAUCAACACAGGCUUCGACACCAAAAGUAUUAACACAGUCUCCUCCACCAAAAGUAAUAACACAGCCUUCUUCACCAAAAAUAUCAACACAGGCUUCUACACCAAAAGUAUCAACACAGGCUUCUACACCAAAAGUAUCAACACAGGCUCCUAAACCAAAAGUAUCAACACAGGCUUCUACACCAAAAGUAUCUACACAGGCUUCUACACCGAAAGUAUCAACACAGGCUUCUACACCGAAAGUAUCAACACAGGCUUCUACACCAAAAGUAUCUACACAGACUUCUACACCAAAAGUCUCAACAAAAUUUCCUACAACAAAAGUAUCAACACAGUCUCCUACAACAAAAGUAUCAACACGGUCUCCUACAACAAAAGUAUCAACACAGGCUUCUACACCAAAAGUAUCUACACAGGCUUCUACACCAAAAAUCUCAACAAAUUCUCCUACAACAAAAGUAUCAACACAGUCUCCUACAACAAAAGUAUCAACACGAUCUCCUACAACAAAAGUAUCAACACAGGCUUCUACAUUGAAAGUAUCUACACAGGUUCCUACACCAAAAGUAUCAACACAGGCUUCUACACCAAAAGUAUCAACACAGUCUUCUACACCAAAAGUAUCAACACAGGCUCCUACACCAAAAGUAUCAACACAGGCUUCUACGACAAACGUACCAACACAGGUUUCUACACCAAAAGUAUCAACACAGGCUUUGACACCAAAAGUAUCAACACAGUCUCCUCCACCAAAAGUAAUAACACAGGCUUUUUCACCAAAAAUAUCAACACAGGCUUCUACACCAAAAGUAUCAACACAGGCUUCUACACCAAAAGUAUCAACACAGGCUUCGACACCAAAAGUAUCAACACAGUCUCCUCCACCAAAAGUAAUAACACAGGCUUCUUCACCAAAAAUAUCAACACAGGCUUCUACACCAAAAGUAUCAACACAGGCUUCUACACCAAAAGUAUCAACACAGGCUUCUAAACCAAAAGUAUCAACACAGGCGUCUACACCAAAAGUAUCUACACAGGCUUCUACACCGAAAGUAUCAACACAGGCUUCAACACCAAAAGUAUCAACACAGGCUUCUACACCAAAAGUAUCUACACAGGCUUCUACAUCAAAAGUCUCAACAAAUUCUCCUACAACAAAAGUAUCAACACAGUCUCCUACAACAAAAGUAUCAACACAGUCUCCUACAACAAAAGUAUCAACACAGGCUUCUACAUUGAAAGUAUCAACACAGGCUCCUACACCGAAAGUAUCAACACAGGCUUCUACACCAAAAGUAUCUACACAGGCUUCUACACCAAAAGUAUCAACACAGUCUUCUACACCAAAAGUAUCAACACAGGCUCCCACACCAAAAGUAUCAACACAGUCUUCUAUACCAAAAGUAUCAACACAGGCUUCUACACCAAAAGUAUCAACACAGGCUUCUACACCAAAAGUAUCAACACAGUCUCCUACAACAAAAAUAACAACACAGUCUCCUACAACAAAAGUAUCAACACAGUCUCCUACAACAAAAGUAUCAACACAGUCUUCUACAUCGAAAGUAACAACAAAUGCUAAGACAACAAAAGUAACAACACAGGCUCCUACACCAAAAGUAUCAACAGAGGCUCUGAAACCAAAAGUAACAUCGCAGGAGGCUAUACCAAAAAUUCCUAAUACAAUGUCUUCUGCAACAGGGAUUAUCAGUCUGGACAAAACUACUGCUAAGAAAGUUGAUUUAGGAGCUGUUAUACCAAUAAAUUUGAAAAUUUCAUUCAAAGAAAAUUACACAGUAGAUCUAGAAGAUUCGCAAUCGGACACAUACAAGAAAAAAGAGAAAACAGUGAGAAAUUCCCUCACUAAAGUGUAUGAAAAAGUUACUGGGUUCCAAAGUAUAACCAUCAAAAGAUUCAUAAAGGGAAGUAUAAUAGCUGAUUUUGCAGUCAAUAUUCGUCUGUUUCUACCUACUUCUAACUCAACACAGAUUGGAAUAGAAUUGAAAUUAAAAACCGAAGAAUUAUCAAAGACUGGAUCUCUUGGCGACGUAGCAUUAUCGAAACAUUACAUUGAAGUUAUUACUGUCAGUAUAUUAAAAAACGAGUUGAGGGAUAAGACGAACCAGAAAGACUUGUAUAUAUGUGGCAUUGGAAAAAAAAGUAUAAAUGGAAGUUGUGUUACCAUAUGUCAACAAGAUAUAUACAAAUGCGUGUAUGGAAACUGCUAUGCUCACUUGAAUGGAACAGCCCAUUGCAUAUGUAACCAAGAUGACGACUAUUUUUAUACGGGCGAACAGUGUGAUGAAAAAACUGAAAAAAUCCAAUUUGAGCCUAACUAUAUUAUAGCGGCUGCAUGUGGAAGUAGUGGAUUUGUAAUCAUUGUAGCUGUUAUCGUGUGCAUUGUCUGCAGACAUAAAGCAACCGAAGAUAAAGAUAAAACAGACCUGUAUAUAACAGAACAUGAUACCUUAAGCUACAACCAUCCGACUGGUCUCUUGGGCCGACAGAGAACACCAUCUAAUUUGUAUUUGUCAAUGCGCGAUAGCACAUACAACAUUGACAACAGAAAUUAUGAAUUGGUUGAAGUUGAGAAAAAUAGCAGGGGGAACACUUAUAUGUAUAAUCCUUCUGCGGACCAACAUUUGAAUACAGAAAUUGACAGCAGAUCUGACAAAGCUUAUCAUUACACAUCGUUUUGUUCUGAAGAGUUUGCAAUAAAAAGACCACAGAUCCGAGCUAAUACAGAUUAUAAGUAUAACGUAUACAAUAGACCAAACUCACACCGACCUGAUUACAUGUAAUGAAUUCAUUGAAUCAUACUGCAUGCUUGGUUGAAAGAUCUACAUAUUGACGCAUAAUUAUUUUAUAAUCCAGUUUUCACACAUAAUAUGCAUGCAUUUUUCUAUAAACACUUGCAUCACCAUGCAUAAAUAUUAUUCUAGAGAAUGAAGGAUUACGUCCCUCUUUUGUCUUGUAGUUUUCCAUUAGUCUAUGUUUUAGGGGUUUAACUAUUUCUUAAUCUCGAUCAAUAAUCUUUGAAUGAGUACAUACAUGAACAUACUUUGAAAAUCAUUAACAGCAAAUAUCGUAUAGGACACAACAACGAGUUUAUUGCAUGUACUGUAAUAGUUAUGUCACAGAGGACCACGUAUAUGUUAUAAUACUGUCGUAAUCACAAUACUGUCAUAUUUGCCUGGAUUAGCAAAUAUGAACACACCAGGAGCAACAUAACAUGAUUUCUCUCACAGAGUGGAGUUUCUGUGCACAUCAGUAUUUAAUUUUUUUUUGUUGCUGUUUAAGGACUUGUUUGCCUUUUCAUUGUCUUUUUGUGUUUUACCAUGACAUGGUCAGUUUUUCUACGACUUGUGAAAUAUAAUUGUUUACCUCAAUUUAAAAACAACUGCAGUUUCUAAGAACAAGCUGAAACAAUAUUGAAUACUGAGAAGAAAUAAAAUAGUCCUACACUGAACUAUUGGUUCAUUUCUAUCAAUAAAUAAUUUUUUAUUUUCUAUUAUUAAUUGCGAAAUAUAUGACUUUUGAUGCGUCGUAUUUCAAUAUUUUUUUGUAUGUCUUUUAGGACAUUUUUGAUUACGGAGAAUGUUACAUGGUUCAUAGCAGACCAUGGAGUCUUAUAUCUUGCCAUAUUUUAAAGUAUAUUGUUACAUACUGUAUGACCCAUCUAGAUGUCUUAUGGUGUUAUUUUUAAUUUUUUGUUGGUUUGAUGUUUGACAUAUAUCUACAUUCUCAUUUAAUCAAUAUUCAAUACGUUUCAUAUUUGACAAUUUUAAAUUGUGUAAUCUAUUGUUUAUUAUAUAAAUAUGUAUAUUAUUACUUUAUAACUAUUUUGAGAUACAUUUUUUUUUGUAAUUUCGAAAUAUACUCGGAAAUGAAUUAUUGAAUAUCUAGUUAUGACAUGUUUCAAUCAAUAGCCAAAAUUUUUGUUUGAUUUGAACACUUAAAUGAUCGGGACUCUUUAAGAUUGCAGAACAAACCAUAUGCAAUUAUCUGUUUUAUCUAUUGGUAUCAUAAAUUUCGCUUUUCAUCUGAUUUCACAAAUUUAAAAUGAUUACAGUUACUCAGGGGUUGAGGGUUGCAAUAACCUUUCUGCAAUAAGGUUUGUCAGAUUCGCUAAAGUCAACGAUCUUACUUGAUGACUUCCAAACUUGUUGUGUCUUAUGUUUAAGCACUUUUUUAUAAUUGUAUUUCACUCAAUGAUUGCUUUCUAAUGUUUGCAAGAUAAUCUCUUGUUUAAACAACAACAGUCGAGGCAAAUAGGAAAUUGCAUAAUAUUAUGAAAUAUCCUAAUUUGAAUGACUAGUAAUAACUAUUUCCCAAUUGUAUAGAGCAUGACAUAUGGUAUAGACUAUUGUUCAGUGUAUGUUCACUGGUGUUAAUAUGUCCUUUGAUUGAGUUAAGCUAUUUCAGUUGAUAUUUUAUAGUGUGUCUUUCUAUGUUGUGAUGUUACACUAUUGUUUCAGAAAAAAGGGUGAAGGAUUGGUACCAUUAAAACGUUUAAACCCGC